GGCCCCGCUCGCGCGAGCGAUCGGAUCACGCUGGGCACGCUGCUUCCUUCGUGCAGUAUGGCCCGCUCGAUUCCGGUUGUGCUCGUUGUCACCACGUUCGCGCGGCAGGCUCUCCGUUCACCCGCAGGCACGGCGCACGGCAAAUAAUCACCGGCAGCCAUGGACGAGGAAUGGGAUGUGGACGAUGUGGACAACGUCGAGGCGAAAUUCGACCUCGCGAUGAGAUCGAACAAGUGGGAGGGCGAGGACGAGGAGGAGGAGGUCAAGGACAGCUGGGAAGAUGUGGAAGAGGAGAAAAAGGAUGUAGAGAAAAGGGAUGUAGAGAAACCAGCAGAGGCCCCAAAAGCAAAGCCGAAACCUAAGAAAGCAUUAGCUGAAAGAAUUGAGGAACGUGAGAAGAAGGCAAAGGAGGAAGCUGAGAGAAAAGUGAAGGAAAUAGAGGAGUCGCUUACGCCAGAAGAAAGGCGAGCUGAGCUGCUAAGGCGUCAGAGGUUGCAAGAGGAGGCGGACUUACGACUGGCGAUGGAAACUUUCGGUGUGACAAAUGCGACAGAAGUAUCGCCAAAUGAAUCGCUCGAUACUAUGGUACCCGAUACAAAAGAAGAAUUUGAGCAAUUUGGCACAGCACUUUUACAAAAAAUAAAUCAAUUUAACAAACACGCAGAGUAUCCACCAUUCGCAGAAGAACUUAUAAAAUCCAUUGCUCUUAAUUUAUCGUCAAAUUACUUGAAGAAAGUGAAAACUAUAGUUGACAACUUACUUAUCGAAAAGCAGAAGAUGGAGAAGGGCGAUAAGGCGAAAAAGAACAAGGGAAAAGGAAAGGCCAAGCUCAAAAUCGAGGGUGACAACACCUUGUUAAGCGAAUACGGUGAUUAUGUAUAUGACGAAUUUGACGAUUUUAUGUAGCGACUUUUCACACAUUCAUACAUUCUAGUCGCCUAAAUACACGCAGAAGAAUUAUUAAUUUGCAGAAUUUAUACAGAAACUUUAUAUUUGUAUUUUCUGCAUAUUGAAUCGUAACUAAAAUGUACAACGGUUUAAUCUACAAUCCAUGAUAUCGUUCACACCUAAGAUGAGGAAAAAGAAAACAAUAGAAGUGAAAUCUAGCAUUAUAAUAUUAUCGGCGAAAAUGCUUAAAAAUGAACACUUUACCGAUAGCUGCGUGAUAAUGUCGCAUUGACACGCAGUCAUUCAGAACAGUUAGAGGUUCUACGACUUACUGUUGAGUUUUUUUCGGAUUUUUAUCCGCGCGUCCAUCGUUGUCUAUUUUCAAUUUUGAUGUUAAUAUCAGCAACGAUUUUAGCAUGAAAACAUUGGGAUUGUCGCGCGACGUACGAGCGAUUCUAACUUAUUGAUUAUGCAUAUAUUAACAUCAGGCAGCAAAGGAUAGAACAUUUACGUCCUUUUGUGUUGUAACCGCAUCUUAAUUUGUUUAAAAAAAAAAAAAAACAGAAAGAAAGGAAGAAACUCCCCUUUAUAUAGCUGCGCCAUAGCAGACUAAAAUCGUGUAAUUAUAUUGUGGAAGUUUUCUAUAACACAGCUUAUAUAUUCAUAAUGCAUACACAAACACACGUACACGUACUUUUAUUGAAGAUCGAUUAGAAAUAGAUCGGUUGGUUUUGAAAAGAGUAUAUUCCUAAAUAAAGGUUGAUUAUAAAUUA